AUGUCUAAAAGAAGAGUGGGAGCUACUCCCAAAUCUAACAGCCUUCCAAUUGGUCGUUCGAAAGAGGACAAUAAUCUUUUGGAGGCAUUGAAGCUGUACGAGGCUAAGAGCUAUAAAAAAUCACUUAAAUUAGUCGAUACCGUUCUGAAGAAGAACUCAUCGCAUGCCGAUUCGCUGGCUUUGAAGGCUUUAAACCUUUACCAUACAGAUCAGAAGGAUGAGGCUGCUGUAUAUGUUCAAAAGGCUCUGGCAAAGAACAACACUGGUGGUCCAUCGCCAAUUGGCUACCACAUCCUAGGAAUAUACAUGAGAAGCGAAAAGAAUUACCGGGAAGCUGCCAAAUUAUUCCAAACGUCCUUGGAUAAUGGAUCGAACAACAAGCAGAUUUAUAGGGAUCUUGCAACUCUCUACUCGCAGGAGCACGACUACAAAAAUCUCCUUAUUGCUCGUAAGGCUUACUGGGAAGAAUUUAUGGGCUACCGUGCCAACUGGACAUCUUUAGCUGUCGCGCAUGAUCUCAAUGAUCAACCGGAAGAAGGUGCAAAUGUAUUGAGCAAGUUUGAAGAGCUUGCCAAAGGUAGGUUGGGUGAGGGUGAAUUAUACGAACACAAUGAAUGCCUCAUGUACAAAAAUGACUUACUCUAUAGGUCUGCUGGAGAAAGCUCUGAGAAGCUACAGCGCGUUCUAGAACAUUUGGAUGAAAUUGAGGGGGAUGUUUUUGAUAAAUAUGGCUGGCUCGAAAGGCGUGCUGCUGUUUACAUGAAGUUAGACGACAAACAAAGCGCUGCCAGGGUUUACAGGAUAUUGAUCAGUAGAAAUCCUGAUAAUUUUGAUUACUACAGGCUGCUGGAAGUUGCUUUGGGAGUUCAGAACGACGACAAACUCAGAAAAAUCCUAUAUACAAAUUUGCAAAAGUUGUAUCCUAGGGCCGAGCCACCAAAAUUUAUUCCCUUGACAUUCAUUCAAGAUGAAGAAGAAUAUGCUGAAAAGUUGAGCUCUUAUCUUUUGACACAAGUUAAGCGUGGUGUUCCAGCGACUUUCGGAAACGUCAAGCCAUUAUAUCGCAAUGAUAGCGAGCGUGCACCAAGACUGUCAGAAAAGAUAAUGCUUGAAUUUUUUGGCACUCUCAACCCUAAGGAAGAUCCACUGGUGUAUGUGUGGUCAUCUUAUUUUUUGUGCCAGCACUACCUGUACUUAAAGGAUUUCACCAAGGCAAGAGAUUAUAUCGAUCGCGCUCUUUGUCAUACCCCAACUUUGGUGGAACUGUACAUUUUGAAAGCUAGGGUGCUGAAGCAUGCUGGUCUUCUAGUAGAAGCUGCUGAAACCAUAAAUGAAGGAAGAUUACUCGAUUUCCAGGAUCGAUUCAUCAAUACGAAAACUGCCAAGUAUUAUUUGAGAGCCAACUUAAUUGAAAAAGCUGUCGAGGUAGUUUCCAUUUUCACCAAAAACGACGAUUCUGCUAAUGGUGUCAUGGAUUUGCAUUUGAUGGAAGCUUCCUGGUUUGUGGGAGAACAGGCUGAGUCGUACUACAGGUUGUAUUUGGAGAGCCAACAAAAAUUAGUUGAAGCUAAAGCAAGCGAAAUUCCUGAAGACGAAGAGCUUCAAGAAGAACGUACAGCUCAUAUCAAACAUUUGGCCUACCAAACCAGUAAGUACGGAGGCCUGGCUUUGAAAAGAUUGCACGCAAUUGCCAAGUUCUACAAACAGUUCAAAGAUGACCAACUGGACUUCCAUUCUUAUUGCAUGCGUAAGGGAGUCCCCAGGGCCUAUUUGGAAAUGUACCAAUGGGGAAAGGGGGUUUUCAUUCUUCCCAUGUACAUGAGGGCGCUGAAGGGAGCCGCGAAGUUAUACUUUAGGCUUCACGACGAACAGCUAACUAAUGUCAAUCAUGAGAGCGAGAGUAAUGAUGGAAAAACUCCCGUGGCAAAAAAGGGAAACAAGAAAGCUAAAAAAGAGGCAGCUGCCAUGAAAAAGCGAAUUGAUGAGGACAAGAAACAGGUCACAGCACUAGAAAAAGAUGACGAUAUUCUCGGGGAGAAGCUGAUUCAGACAAAGACACCACUUUCAGAUUUCACAGAGAGCUUUUACGCAAACUACGCAGAGCUAAUUGCUGACCACCACAGGGAUUACGCCCUCGAAUUCGAGUAUCAGUUGAGGAAUGGGAAACUAGCACUGGCUCUUGGCGCUCUCGUCAAAUACACAGACCUUCGUAGUAUAAAAAACUCUGUGGUUGGAUCUAUGUUGUUGAGCUUGUUGGACAGAGUUCAGUUUUCGGCUGGAGUUGACGAGAUGACCAAGAAAAUUACCUUGAAGGGCAUUGAACGUCAUUUUGAAUUCCUUCCUUUAAAAGAGUUGGUAAAUGAUGACUUUGACUGGCUUAAGUACUACCAGGAAACCUAUCCUGAACCAACACUGGAUGCCUUGUUAUUACUUCGCCGCUCAUGUAUGCGUAUUGUCGACCGAGACCUGAUCAAACAAUUGAUAUUGACUAACCUCUGUUCACAAGAGCCCAGCGUGCAAGACUAUGUGCUCAAAUAUGAGCUCAGUUAA